AUGGCCACCGGAGCUUCCCUGCAGCUUACGCACGAUCCGGUCCACCAGCGCGCCAUGGCCCGCACUGCCGGACCCGCUCCUGCACCGCGCCUGUGCGCAUCCACACCGCGCCACGCCAGCACACGCCGCCACCAGCUCGCUCGGCACGCGCGCCACAGCCUUCGCUCCCACUCCCGCAGCUCGCGUGCCUGCGCCGCGCCGUGGCUCCGCCCAGCGCUCAGCUCUCCUGGGGCCGCCUACUCCAGCACGAGCCGCAGCUCCACCCGUCACACUCCAGCACCGCCUGCUCGCGCCGCUCCUGCUCUGGCACCAUUCGCCCAGCCGCCGCCAGCUCACACGCACCAGAGCCGCCCUGCGCUCGCCCCUGUGCGCCGCCGCUCCAGCUCCCGCGCGCGCCCGGCGCCCGCGCUCCAGCUCCCGCUCGCACGCGCCGCCGUUCCACCACCGCGUCGAGCCGCGGCCGCGCCAGCCACGCUAGCUCCCGCGCCCGUGACGCACCCGAGCCGCCCGCCAACGCCGCCGGCCUCCGCGCCAAGCCGCCCCGCGCCGGGCUGCAACCGCCCGCCCGGCGCCUUGCGCCGCAGCCUCGGGCUCGCCAGUGCCGUGCGAGCGCCCGCCUCGCUCUGGCGCCACCUGGAGCUCGAGCCGCCUGCUACCCCCGGGGCAGGAGCGCCCCGCACGCCAGCCGCCGCUUGCCUGGUGGAGAAGAGGAAGGGAGGCAGGGGAAGUACCCCAGGAUAG